CGCUCAUGGGUUUUGUCCACGUUGACUAUCCGCCAUUACUACAACUCUUCCCAAGGCUAAAUUAAAGUCAGCAAUCAUCUUUGUCCCAAUCAUUAAAACAAACCCUUUUUGUUUUUUUCCAGGGGAGAAUCUUGAAAGCCAUAGCAAAAGGGGGAGGAGAAACAAGCUUUAAUUUAUGAUGAAUGAGCCAUUGCUUCAUCAAGAAAAUCAACGGCCCCCAUUUCCAUCAUCUCUGCUCAUCUAUCUAUAUGUUGGACACUUCCUUUCCAGAUGGACUGCCAGGAUGUGGGAAUUCUCUGUGGGAUUGUAUAUGAUCAAUCUGUGGCCCAAUUCUUUAGUCCUUGCUGCUGUUUAUGGUGCUGUGGAGUCUGCUUCCACAGCUUUGCUUGGACCAGUAGUUGGAAAAUGGGUGGAUAAGUUCACAUAUGCUAAGGUUCUCAAGCUAUGGUUGUUAAGUCAAAAUCUCUCGUUUAUCAUUGCCGGGGGUGCAGUGGUUUCGCUUCUGGUUUGGGAGGAUUUGAUGUCAAUCAACUUCACGGCAUUCAUGUUACUCAUAAUAUUGAUCAAUAUCUCUGGAGCUGUUGCCAUGCUUUCCACUCUGGCAGGAACCAUACUGAUCGAAAGAGAAUGGGUAGUGGUGAUAUCAGAAGGCCAUCCUCCUGCAGUGCUGACAAACAUGAAUUCGAUAAUAAGGCGAAUCGAUUUGAUCUGCAAGUUAUUUGCCCCUGUCAUUUCGGGCUUCAUCAUAAGUUUUAUCUCCCUAACUGCAUCCGCUAUGGCUCUAGCCCUGUGGAAUAUCGUAUCCGUUUGCCUAGAAUACUGGCUUCUAACAUCAGUGUUCUUUGGGAUUCCGGCAUUAAGAGAAAGCAGCGAAAGAAGGGUCUUAAGAUCCUCGCCAAACAACACAGAAGAACGCCCCUCGGUUCACGUGUCAAGAAUUCCUUAUAUCAGUGCUUGGAAAGUGUACUUGCAGCAAGAUGUAAUUCUCCCGGGAUUAGCUCUUGCGCUGCUCUAUUUCACAAUCCUCAGCUUUGGAACUUUAAUGACUGCUACGCUUGAAUGGGAAGGCAUACCUGCAUAUAUCAUUGGCAUUGCCCGGGGGAUAAGCGCAGCAAUAGGAAUCGCUGCUACGUUUCUGUACCCCGUCUUGCAAUCCCGGAUUUCAACCUUUCGAACAGGGCUAUGGUCAAUCUGGUCACAGUGGAGCUGCCUCCUGGUAUGCGUAGCGUCCAUAUGGAUGCACGAUAAGCUCGUGUCAGCAUAUAUGCUUAUGGCGGGAGUAGCUGCAUCGCGCCUGGGGCUAUGGAUGUUCGACUUAUCAGUCAUUCAGCAAAUGCAGGACCAUGUUCCCGGAAACGAUCGUUGUGUGGUAGGAGGGGUUCAAAACUCGCUGCAAUCUAUAUUUGAUUUGAUGACUUAUCUCAUCGGCAUUGUCAUAUCAGAUCCUCAGGAUUUUUGGGAGUUGAUAUUGUUGUCCUUUGUACUGGUGACACUGGCGGCCAUUUUGUACAGUAUACACAUCUAUCGUGUGAGGAAGCACCUCUUCCAUUUUGAGAAAUUGCCUAUUAUUGGUACCCAUUUCUACUAUUCAAAUAGAGUAAAUUAGAUAUUUGUUUUUCUUUUUUAUUCUUAGCAGUAAUGUUUUGUAUUUCUUGAUUUCUAUCCCUUUAGUGAGAUCUACGUACUCUUAAUAGUUUAUUGUAUUGGUGUGGUCUUGUAACGUUUUAUGUAUUUUGUGCCAGUA